AUGAGCCCAUCACCGGUUUGGUGUGAGGGAACCCUUCUCCAUGCCGUCCAACUUUCCGGUCUCUUUCCGGAUUGUAAAACUUUUGUGGAUAUGCCUUUGAAGUAUGAUGCAGACGUUACCCUCGCCAAAUGGAAUGCUUUACUAGCUCUCGCUCCAAUCACAAAUGACGUCUUGGCUCUUUUCCUUCGGGAAAACUUUGAUGAACCAGAAGGCGAAUUAGAGGAGUGCGCACCGACUGAUUGGCUUCCAAUGACUGACCAAUUUGGAGAUAUUCUAGAUGAAGAUUAUAAAAAAUUCGCAGCAGCACUUCAUGCAAAAUGGCCAACUCUGUAUAGAAAGAUUUCAAAGAAAGUUCGAGUUAAUCCAGAGAAAUAUUCAAUUAUCCCGGUGCCCAAUCCAUUCGUCGUUCCCGGUGGACGGUUUCGUGAAAUGUAUUACUGGGACUCGUUCUUCACAAUCAAGGGACUUAUUGCAUCCGGAAUGUUGACUACUGUCAGAGGAAUGAUUGAAAAUAUGAUCUACCUUGUUGAGACAUACGGAUUCAUACCAAAUGGAAUUCGUAUCUAUUACCUCAACAGAUCCCAGCCACCACUUCUGACAUGGUGUGUAAAAGCAUAUUACGAAGCGACUGGUGAUGUAGAAUUCGUGAGAGAUGCACUGCCAACUCUGCGGAAGGAGCUUGAAUUCUUCCAAACUCACAAGUCAUUUAAACGCGACGAAUGGAUAUCUCCUCUCUAUCGAUUCGUUGUUGAGACCACUCGGCCACGACCUGAAUCUUACAGAGAAGAUUUAGAAAGUGCUGAGCAUUUGGAUUCCUUUGAAAAGAAAUGUGUUCUUUGGGGAGAUUUAGCUGCUGCAGCAGAAAGUGGUCGAGACUUCUCAUCUCGAUUCUUUGCUGUUCAUGGGCCUUAUGCUGGACAGCUGGCAAGCACCCGUACAUCCCAGCUAAUCCCUGUCGACUUGAAUUCGAUCAUCUGUAGUAACAUGAAGACAUUGAGCGAGAUGUAUGUAAUCUGCGGAGAGACAGAAUUGGCUCAACACUUUUACAAUGAGCAUCGGAUGUUGAGAGCAACUAUUCGACAAGUUUUAUGGAAUGAAGAACACAAUUGCUGGUUUGAUUUCGAUCUGGAAGAGGAUAAACAUGCGGUUAGCUUCCACGAUACCAACUUCUUCCCAAUGUAUUGUGACAGUUAUCAUGAGGAUCUGGACUCCCAAGCGGUAAAGUUAUCAAUCGAUAAAUGUAUCCAACCUGAAAACUUACAGAUCGUUGACUAUCUCACCACAUCAGGAGUUGUUAGCUUCCCAGGAGGAAUCCCAGUUUCACUAGUCAAUUCUGGCGAGCAAUGGGAUUUCCCUAAUUGUUGGCCACCAACUACUUGGGUUCUUCUGGAAGGAUUACGAAAAGUAGGUCAGGAAGAUUUGGCAUUGAGUUUGGUGGAGAAGUGGGUGCAAAAGAAUUUCAAUAUGUGGAGGACCAGUGGAGGCCGCAUGUUCGAGAAAUACAACGCCGUUUCUCCAUGCUACAAAGUGAAAGGAGGCGGUGAAUAUGUAAUGCAAGAAGGAUUCGGAUGGACGAAUGGAGUGGUUUUGGACUUUUUGAAAAACUACGGAUCACAAAUUAGAUGGAAAAUUGCCGAAUCUUGCGAAUGCUGUGAUGUCACACUAUCACGUACCCUCAUCAAACCAACAUCUCCUGCACCAUCAUCCUCAUCGACUGCUCGUUUGUUCGCCAGCGAUUUGUCACAAACACCUUCAGUUGGGUCUCUUCAAUCAAUGCUCUCGGAUAGUUCAAUUCAGAACUAA